UUGAUUAUUUUGAACGGGUCAAGAUGGCGGAGGAGAGCGGGUUGAAGCAUCGGAAUCACUCUCAGCAAAAUUGCAAAAACAGCAUUUUCGAUGAAGGUGGGCAUGGGGUGGAUGAUGUGCCUCAUAAGAUGAGCCCUGAGGAAGAGGAGGCCCUGUUGUCGGAGGAAGACGUGUUGUCGGCCAGGCCGGUCCAGAUCGUUGUGGCUCACGAGGACGACCACGCCUUUGAGCUCGACGAGGCGGCGCUGGAGCGCAUCCUGCUGCAGGAGCAUGUGCGCGACCUCAAUGUGGUGGUGGUGUCGGUGGCCGGUGCCUUCCGCAAGGGCAAGUCCUUCCUGCUGGACUUCAUGCUGCGCUUCAUGUACAACCAGACAUCCUGCUCCUGGCUUGGUGGGCACGAGGAGCCACUGACGGGCUUCACCUGGCGGGGGGGCUGCGAGAGGGAGACCACGGGCAUCCUGGCCUGGAGCGAGGUGUUUGUGGUGGACAAGCCAGAUGGGAGCAAGGUUGCUGUUCUUCUAAUCGACACACAGGGGGCUUUCGACAGCCAAUCGACCAUCAAAGAUUGUGCGACGCUGUUUGCGUUGAGCACCAUGACCAGCUCUGUACAGGUUUACAACUUGUCUCAGAAUGUGCAAGAAGACGACCUUCAACAUCUCCAGCUCUUUACCGAAUAUGGAAGGCUGGCCUUGGAAGAAAUCUAUGAGAAACCCUUUCAGACUUUAAUGUUUCUUAUAAGAGACUGGAGCUACCCCUACGAGCAUCCCUACGGUUUGGAAGGAGGGAAGAGUUUCCUGGAGAAGAGAUUACAAGUGAAACAGAACCAGCACGAGGAGCUGCAGAAUGUCAGGAAGCACAUCCACUCUUGCUUCUCUAACAUUGGCUGCUUCCUCCUGCCCCACCCCGGCCUCAAGGUGGCCACCAACCCCAACUUUGAUGGCAGACUCACAGAUAUUGAUGAUGAUUUCAAGACUGAGCUAGUCAACCUAGUGCCAAUCUUGUUGUCCCCGGAGAACUUGGUGGAGAAAGAAAUCGGAGGAGCCAAAGUGACGUGCCGAGACCUUGUACACUAUUUCAAAGCAUACAUGAAAAUAUACCAAGGGGAGGAGCUGCCUCAUCCCAAGUCAAUGUUACAGGCAACGGCUGAAGCCAACAAUCUUGCAGCAGUAGCAGGAGCAAAAGACAUUUACAACAAAGGCAUGGACCAGGUGUGCGGCGGCGACAAGCCCUACAUGGCCCCCGAUCAACUGGAGCGCGGCCACGCGAACCUGCGGCAGGUGGCGGUCAAACACUUCCGCUCGGUCAAGAAAAUGGGUGGCGAGGACUUCUGCCGGUGCUACCAGGAGCAGCUGGAGGCAGAGCUGGACGAGGCCUUCACCAACUUCAUCAAGCACAACGAUGGCAAGAACAUGUUCUACGCGGCGCGCACGCCCGCCACGCUCUUCGCCGUCAUGUUCGCCAUGUACGUGGCGUCGCUGGUCACGGGCUUCCUGGGUAUCAACACAGUGGCCACAGUGUGUAAUAUCAUUAUGGGCGUGGCACUGGCGGCGCUCUGCCUAUGGGCCUAUGUGAAGUAUUCCGGCGAGUUCCGCGAGGUGGGCAGCGUCAUCGACCAGGUGGCCGAGACCCUGUGGGAGCAGGUGUUGAAGCCUCUGGGCGAUCACUAUAUGGAGGAUAACAUUAGGAGUGUGGUCGACAGUCUCUGCUUGUCUGAGCGAGCAGGUGUCGCAGCACGCCAAGUUAAAGACAAAAUGAGAGACCGACGGUCCGCUGCCCCCACGAACACUGCCCACCUGCCCGUAGAACCAAAGUUUACAGCUUUACCCUCUGUUAUUGGUCCUAGCUGCUCGUCACUUAACUCGGGCACCAAAUGAGAAGGCGGCGUUACGAGCGGUUGGCAGUGUGGGGGAAGGAUGGGCCCGCCUCAUUUUCCUUGAUCAGACUGCUGAUUGGUUGUCUUGUGAGAUGUCUUCCCUCCCCCAGCCAAUGGAAACGGAUUAUUGUUAUAGUGACAGGACAUCAUGUUGCAGUUUUAUUCAAGCGGGGCCAGUUUUGAGCUCAGUAGUUUUUAUUAAUGGUCGUCUGGGACAGGUUUAGAGGACUGUUUAAGCCACCAUUUACUCCUUUUCUUGUCUGUAAGAACUUUCUCCAGCUUUCUCGUUUUCCUUCCCACUUGUCGGAGUGAAUGGAUAUCAAUGUAAGAACAACCACUGCUCUGUUUCACUAACACUUUGCCAUUUUAUGAGACACCGUUACACACAACGAUCAAGGUAUAGCUAGCUGUAGCCUGCCUAUCAGUUCAGCGUGACCCUCACACCUCCCGCUACAUCUCUCAACCAGCUGCUCUUAAGGUUAAUCAUUUUGUAUUUUAGGAUUGUUAUUCUGUUGUGAUUAUUCCAUCCAGACCAUUACCGCCAAUGUGUGCUGUUUUGUACAGUUUAGUUUUUUAAACUCAUCCAAAAUGGGGCAUGUGUAUGAAAUAUACAUAUAUAAAUACAUUUUCUAUACCUUUUUUGUAGCUGGAAGAACAAUGGUUUCGUGGUAGGCCACUGUGUGCAGUUUACUGUAUGUAAAUGAAUGCUUUUGUGAUUUGUGUAUAUGUCCAAUAAAUUCUUUUUUAUAUACAUUUGUAAAGUAAUCUACAUUGAGCACUGCAAUUCCACCCCUGCUGGCAAAGAAUGUUUGUAAACUUAUUUUUUGUCUUCUGUUGCAGUUUAAAGUUAUUUUCGUUAAUUUAUUUUUAAAUACAAGAUUAAAACAAUACUACAGUAUA